AGUGAGGAGAAACACGACCUUCGUAAAACAAGGCCUCACAACUUAUUUGUGACGUCACACAGGUAGGAUGAUUGGCUACCACGAGCAGAAUCCCGCUUUCUUCCUUGAUGUUUAGGUUUCACUGUAAUCCUGCUUCAAAUACUUGACUCUAUUUUUGCAUACCUGGACAUAAGUUUGAUAAAAUAAUGAAUUACCACACCAUUAUUGGAUUUUUGUCAGUUUCACUCUUCAUUGGGAGUUAUGCUCUAGAUUAUAGUUUAUUGGAGAAUUUGGAGAUCACCUGCCUUCCUCGUGAUCAUUGCCUGCUGGCACAUCGAGUCAGUUUCGCGAACAGGAGCUGUGAAUGUGACAACGAGUGCAACAACUAUCAGGACUGCUGCAUAGACAAGGCGAGGCUCAAACCUCGUAUGCCGAGCCUAAAAAGGAAGUAUACUUGUAUGACUUUUGGUGGUCGUAAUAAAGACGGUGUAUAUGUUGUAGACACUUGCCCUCGUAAUUAUACAUCAUCAGAAAAUAUCCAAAGCUUGUGCCACGAAGGCAAUAACUCUACGGAUCCAUUAGUGUCUGCUCCAGUGACUGUCGUUUCCACUGGCAUAACAUUCAAAAACAGGUAUUGCGCUGAAUGUAAUGGAGCUUCAACAUCUCCUCUCGUAACUUGGUUAGUUUACUUAGAUUGUGCAACUCUUACGCCGUUUGAAGUCAACGAUAGCUACGUUUUGCAGAACUUCAAGUACAAUCCCAGCCUGAAGGCAUGGGGAGUAGAACUUGGUGAUGCUUUCCACAAGUGCGAAAUAAUCUACGACAAGCCCAGCUACCUGUCAGCUGUCAGAUUUUGUAGGGCCAACACAAUUGACAGCUGCCCAUCCUCAUUUCGUAGAUCAAGUAUCAAAAGGCUUUGCGAAUCGUACUCAGCGAUCGUGCAUGAUGUAGAUAAUUCAUAUAAAAACCCACACUGUGCCAUUUGCAACAACAAGAGAGCGAACGAUCUCACCUGUUUGGAUUCAGAAUUAUUUAUAAGAACUGCAAAAAUGAGCAAAAGCUUUUCAUUUACUCUUCUGGUAGAUUCUAAUCUUCGCGAAGGACGUAAUAGCAGUGUAGUCCAAACUUGUCCGCCAGGAGAGAAGUAUGAUCCUUUCUUCAAGAAAUGCCGAACACUGCUUUGCUCUUUACCAGGUUACAAAAUUGUGAAUGGAAAGUGUAAGAAACCUUGAAGGAUGUGAAUUUUCUUAGGAAGUUGCAUCCAGUAAAAUGCAUUUUAUUAAUUAUUUUGCUAACUACUUUCAAAUUUGUCUCAUAUUUUUAAUUUAACAAUUUUUGAUAGAUGAAUUGCUACGUAAAGCUUUAUUUCGCAUUUCGUUUUCCGCUUUUUUUGUGCUUAUUUGAUAUAAAUAUUGUGCUUAUUUGAUAUAAAUUUGAC